CCCGCCGCUUAUCCUCCGGGCUAUGCGUCCCCUUAUCAACCUCAGCAACAGAUGCCGGUCUAUGGCCAGCCGCAGUAUGUAGUUCCAGGGCAACCUAUGAUGUACCCGCAACAACAACAAGUACGUGAAAGACACAAAUCUCGAGAGGAUAACCCGCCUCUAGAUAAAUUCAUAGACGGAGCCGUAUACGGCCCUGUCUUCGACUUACAAACUGCUACCAUCCUCGAUAUCAAGAUUCAACUCCACCCUAGUCUUCGUCAUCACCUUGAGCAGGAUGACGAGCCACGAUUGUCCUGGAAUAUACUCGAGUCGGUCAAAGAAGUUCACUUGAUGGAGGUGCGAGGGGGAGUUUCCGCCGCAGAUUCGAUCAGUGAGCCAGAUAGAGGAAACUCUCGCAAGGUUCUUGAUGAUGGAGCACGUGCCACUGGAAGGAACCGUUUACCAGCAGAUGGACUGAGCGACAAAGUUCCUCUAAGUUGGCAAGUGAGCCAGAUCGAUGGAUCGGCUGUAGGACGCGCUUGUGAGGUUGUGGUUGGCUGUCAAGUGGCGGAGUGGCAUCAACCUAUUUCUCGCCAUAAUGCCACCAUCCGUGCUCUCGCUCUUGGGGCCCUGAAACCCACCUGA